AUGAUCUGGAUUUACAUCAGGGUAUAUCCCGUGACCCAAAUUAGCGAUAUAUCGUUGAGUUCCAAAGCUUUCGACCAUCUCUUUGACCAUAAGAUCGAUUUGUUUGAUGACUAUAUGCUACAGAUGUCGACAAUGUUUGUUGAAUUAAUGAAUGGAAACAGACAGACAAUGGAUAAUACAUUUCCAGUUCUUAAGAAUGAUCUGAUGGUGAGGGCAGCGAAUGGUGUGAAGACCGAAAGAGUGCCGGUUUGGGUGAUGAGACAGGCCGGCAGGUAUUUACCAGAGUUCCAACUCUUCAGACAAAAGCACGACUUCUUCGACAUCUGUCGCUCCCCUGAGUUGGCCUCAGAGGUGACUCUAAUGCCGAUCCGACGUUUCGAUUUAGACGCGGCCAUCAUUUUCUCAGACAUUCUGGUCAUACCUCAGGCCUUGGGAAUGGAGGUGCAAAUGGUUGGAGGCGUCGGACCCGUUCUGCCCACACCUCUCACUAAACCCGAAGACAUUAAGACAUUACUUAAACUUGACAUCGAUGUGGAGAAAGAGUUGGAUUAUGUGAUGAAAGCUAUAACUCUAACCCGACAUAAACUGGAGGGUAAAGUGCCUCUGAUUGGCUUCUCGGGCGCGCCGUUCACUCUAAUGGCUUAUAUGAUAGAAGGCGGCGGAUCCAAGACAUUGGCUAAGACUAAGAAGUGGUUGUAUCAAUACCCUGACGAGAGUCUCCAACUAUUGGAUGAGUUAACUCAUGUUAUCAUCGCGUAUUUGGUGGCUCAGGUCAAGGCCGGCGCUCAGUUGCUACAAGUGUUUGAGUCAAACGCCGGCUUUUUAGGCCCAAAACAGUUCAACGAGUUUUCCCUCCCAUUCCUCAACAAAAUCAGUGAAGGUGUGAAACAAGCCCUAAAUGAUCUGAAAGUUCCAACGGUUCCUAUGAUUGUAUUCGCCAAAGACGCUCAUAUGGCCAUUGAAUCGCUCAGUCAUUCGCAAUACGAUGUCAUAAGCGUUGACUGGGCUAUAGAGCCGUCGAGAGCGCGAUCUUUGGCCGGCAAUUCAGUGACUCUUCAGGGGAAUCUGGAUCCCUGUGCUCUCUAUAGUGAUGUCAAACAAAUCGAUCUUAUGGUCAAAGAGAUGGUCGAAAGCUUUGGAACUCAACGAUAUAUCGCUAAUUUGGGUCACGGGAUAUACCCUGAUGUAAAUCCCGAUCAUUUAGCCGUUUUUGUCGACUCCGUUCACAAAUAUUCACAAACGACUGACAUUUAA